AUCUAACUUAGAUUAUAACACUUUUUAUUAUAAAACUUAGAUUCUAAGUGUUAUCAAAUUAAAUUAAUCAAAAUCGUAGAUACGUUAUGGCAGAUAAUUAUUAUAUAGCCACACGCAAAAGAUCAAACCCUAGUACAAGCCCAAUCAAAAAGCUUUAUUCAGUUGUAACUCUUGAUGAAAAUAAUUUUCAUAAAAAGUGCAUGGUUCCGUUUCAUUGGGUGGAGGAAGAUGAAAAAUGUGUGUACUGGCCUCCAGUUGGAGAACAUCCCCUACACUACUAUAUAUCAAAAUGGCUUUCUCCUUGUCCAAAUUGGCAACAAUAUCCUCUAAUAAAAGUUUCUUUAAGUAAAGGCACUAAAGAAAUGUGCAAUGUAUGCUUGAACAUAGACUCAGAAUUAUCAGAGUGUCCUCCUGCAGUGUUGUACUAGAAACAUCUGAAAUGAUCCGCGAGCCUAGUCCGGAUCUUGUCGUUUUGGAAAUUAUGCAAAACACGUCGUUUUGGAAAUUAUGGUGACCCGCAUUCUUCGUUUAAGUUAAUGGAUCAGAGGCGAAUGCAGUAUGGAUUGUUUAUGGAGUUGGCUGCUAUUAAAGCCGUUCAGGCAGAUAUUGUUACUACAUUGGAACGGUUAGGAAGGAGAAUAGAGCCAGCAGAUUCAAGUUUUCAUCUUACAAAGUUUGACACCAUGGAAGAAUUUGAAAAGUUUGAUAGAAAGUUGGUUGAUGAAAAUGAGUAUACUCUUCUGGUUAUUCGUUUAAAACAACUGGGUGGACAGUCACCUUCGCAACUAGCAAGUAGGUGUAUAAAUGGGUUGAUGGAGAAACAGGUGCAGGCGCAGUUUAACAAAAUGGGUUACAAAGGAAAAAAAUCGUUUAAGAUUACUUUGUCAUAUAAGGCAAUACUAGCUGCACUUGUAUCUCAAACUAACACAAGGGAAGAAAUAGAUAGGUUCAUUGGAGAGCAUUUAAAGCGUGCUCCUCGUGGAUUGGCUGCAGAUUAUAAAUAACGAGUUAUUUUAUAUAAAAGAUAUUUACACCUGAAAUCCA